ACGGGUCUCCCUGGCAAUCACAGCACCGCUGUAUCUGCCAUGCGAUCAAUGGCUAUUCACUGCAAUACUUGACGCUGCAAAAAAGGCUGCGGCAAUACGCACAUGUCUGCCAACGGAGCCGCUCCCGCCGAUGUGACAUGUCAUGCCUGUGUCCCAGUCCCGUCUCGACCCAUAGCUUUAUUCCCAUGUUUUCAAGCUUUGAAGUUUAUUCCUGGAAUCCCAGACGAGCCCUGGUCGCACCAACCGGGAGAUGUGGCGAACCGAACAGCGCGGGAGAGCUACACAGCUUGCAGAACUGUUCUCUCUACCCUUGCACGGCGGCCUUCAGCCGCUAACCAUUUGUGUUUGCAAAGAGAACCACUGCCUAGGCUCACAGCUCAUUGCGACCAAGUGCUCGCAGACUGCAUUGACCAGUGCAGCGACGUGACUCAUGGGCAGUCAUUCAACGUCACAUCAAGGAGGCGGGACAAACAACUGCUAAAUGCAUCAGCGACACACUUCGGCUUCAAUGCGCACGACGACGCAGAUAAAGAGAUGAUGGACGAUUUUGCGGACCGCGAAGAUCAUGCAGCAAAAGUGGACGCUAUUGACUCACCUUUGAUCUGAAUAGCCAAUUGGCAGAAUGAAGACUUCGAAUGAUGGAGGCUGCCUGCCGGUGCCACCGUGCCGUCGCACUUGAGGCGAAAAAUCGAUCUCAAUGACUCAAUCCCA